CCUCUGGGCUGCGGUCAUUCCGGACAACAGACACCUCAGAACCGGAGAACUCAAGGCAAGCUCGAGGACACGCGCGCGCACAGACACACACACAAACACAGACGCUCGCGCGCUCGGCUCGUGCACGCACCCACACAUCAAACGCGCGCGGCAGGUGUCCUGAGCUGAUCACACGCAGCUGCCGCUCACAGCCGUUCUAAGCAGCAUCCCGCCCGGACCCGGACCCGGGGUUUCCUCCCCUGUACUGCUGAGUCCAGCCUGCUGAAGGUGCUCAGUUACGCCGCUGAGGGGGAUGUUUCCAUUUCCAUUCUGAUCUGUACACACACACACACACACACACACACACACACAGGAUGGGUCUGGGACAGUCCAGCAGAUCCUCCGUCAGCGAGGACACUGAGGAGGUGAACUUUGACCACUUCCAGAUCCUGAGGGCCAUUGGAAAGGGCAGCUUCGGGAAGGUAUGCAUUGUGCAGAAGAAGGACACGAAGAAGAUGUACGCCAUGAAGUACAUGAACAAGCUAAAGUGUGUGGAGAGGAACGAAGUGAGAAACGUCUUUAAAGAGCUUCAGAUCAUGCAGAACCUGGAGCACCCGUUCCUGGUUAACUUCUGGUACUCCUUUCAGGAUGAGGAGGACAUGUUUAUGGUGGUGGAUCUGCUGCUUGGAGGUGACCUGCGCUACCAUCUGCAGCAGAACGUCCACUUCUCCGAGAGCACCGUCAAACUCUACAUCUGUGAGCUGGCCCUGGCCCUGCAGUACCUGCGCAACAAACGCAUCAUCCACAGAGACAUCAAACCAGACAACAUCCUACUGGAUGAACACGGUCACACUCAUCUGACUGACUUCAACAUCGCUGCUAUUGUAAAGGACGACUUAAAAGCAACUUCUAUCGCAGGGACAAAGCCAUACAUGGCUCCGGAGCUUUUCCAGACGUUUGAGGGAACGCAUCCAGGAUACUCGUUCUCAGUGGACUGGUGGUCUCUGGGAAUAACUGCGUACGAACUGCUCAGAGGACAGAGGCCUUACAUAAUGCGCUCCAGCACACCGACCAGUGAGAUCAUGCAGGCCUUUCAUAAAGGAAACCCCUACUACCCAGCCACCUGGUCUGCAGAAAUCAAGAGUCUGCUGAGAAAGCUCUUGUGUAUCGAAGCCCAGAAGCGUCUCUCCUGCUUCUCUGAGCUGCAGGACAUGGACUACCUCUCUGACGUCAACUGGGACGCUGUGCUAAAUAAACAGGUCCCUCCAGGGUUCAUCCCUAACAGAGGGAGACUUAACUGCGACCCGACGUUUGAGCUGGAGGAGAUGAUCCUGGAAUCCAAACCUCUGCACAAGAAGAAGAAGAGACUAGCAAGGAAAACCAGGGAGAACGGCGGCUCAGGUGGAUCUCCACAGAAUGGUCAGAUCCAGCAGCGUUUGGACACUGUGCAAAGAGACUUCAUCAUUUUCAACAGAGAAAGGUUGAAGAAAACCAAAGCAGACUCUGAAGGCAAUGACCUUAUCAUAAAAGAGGCGAACCAAGCCAUAGAGGAUGGACAGAACAACAACGUCACUGGUGCACCGUGUUUAUCGGGGUAGAGCUUUUACCUAGACGGUUUAAAGAGGAGAGACCGGGACAGUUCCUCUGCUUAAAGCUCAACAGCUCAGGCCUAUCCAGACUGCACUGAGGAGGUGUGGCUCCAAACAGAGAGACGUUUAACCAACGGUCUGCAGACCAGACACAACCUUCUCAGAGCUUCUGUCUGUUUUUGCUUUAUUUUGGGACUUUUUUGCAAGUGAAAUGAUAAAGGACAGAAAAUGUUCAGCAUAAACACAUGAUCUUCAUGAUUUAAUGAGGAUUCUUCACUACACAGUGAUUUCAGAAGCUAGUAGAUCUUCGGAACGUCUGUUUUUGGUAUUUCUUUUCUUUAUAACACUUGUGGGACCUUUGUGCCUAAAAACACAGCAAGACUAAAACGAGGAAAUAAAUCACUUCCCUUCUUUCACUAGAGACCCCCCAACACCGGCUUUCUACACUGUGAAAAAGUGAGCGGUUCCUUCAAAAACCUCUUCCAAAGGUUCUUCCAAAAAACUACAGGUAAAAUUCAAAAAGUCAAAAUUAGGUAAAAUCAAAAAAACUCGUAAAAUAGUUUUUUAAAUGUUGUUUUCCAGAGCUCUUUAUGCUUAUUGUAGGCAAAAAAAUAUUUAAAACCAAAAAAAGUAAGAUUUAGUCUUAAAAUAAGUGAAGUAAAACUUUUGUUGCCUUAGAUUAGAACACAGAAUAGGAAUCAGAAUAGCUUUUAAUUUUUUUGCUUAUUUUGAGUUAAAAUGACUUACAAUAAUGUGAUAAUUCUUAGUAAGGCUGAUUAAGAGAAUUGAUCCUAAAAUAAGUAAAAUAAUCAAACAUUUACACAAUGCUUAUUAAGACGAAAAGUCUUAUCAGAGAUUAAAAAAAAAACAUUAAGUACACUUAAAAAAUAAAAUUAAAUAGAAAGUGAAAUUUUCUGAUUUUAAGUACACUGCAAAAAAUAUAAAAAAUCAAUAGUAAGUGAAAUGUUCUAAUUUUAAGGCAAUUUCACUUACUUUUUUUUUUUUUGCAGUGUACUUAAUGAUAGUUGGGCCUGAGCUGAGACACAAGUGUGCUUAUUUAGGGCUCAAUAACGUUCUAUCAUUUUUUUCUCUUGUUCCAGUUCCUGGAAGCACAUUUUACAGAGAAAAUGCCCUAAAUUAGCAUCACUCUCAUGAAUUCAUAUGUAUGACGUACAAGUUUACCUAUGGUAGCCUGGGGGGAACGACUACACACUGACAGUGGAUGUUAGAACACAAACUCCCAGGUAAAAAACCCUGAUUUAGAGGUUCUGCAAGAACUAUUCUCAGUUUUUCACAGUGUAGUGUUUUCCUGUGAUGAUGUUUUAGACAUGUUCAGGUUCUGUAAACCUGUUCAGGUUCUGUGAGUUGCCUUACGCUCCAUGCCGGCAUGUCAUAGGAUUUCCUUGAUCAUGAUAAUCAUAAGCUUCUAGAUGAGAGACGCAGUCUGUGUUCCUGUCUCACUCUUUAGAGAUGCACUUUAUAGACGAGCUUUAUUGUAGUGGAGCUGUUCAGAACCUGCUGGAGCUCCUGAUUCAGGCUUCUUUCAGUCUUUCAGUCAGUCGUCUCGUAGAACUGGCUCUUCGCUCGUGUGUAGCUGCAGGUGUGCUUGUGCGUCGGACCAUUUUUGGGGGUAAAAAUGGGGAAAUUCACGCUGCUUUUAAAAAAAUAUAUAUGUCUUCGUUCACAUGACGCUGUACUCUUAUAGGUGUUGUGUGUUCGUUACUUCUACAGGCCUGAGAAAUAGAAAUUUAAACAUGUAGAAAUCUGUCCAUGCUCUGCCCUGAGAAAUGUGUUCUUAGAUGAGGCUUUGUCUUUUUUGUUUGUUUUUUAUAUAAAUAUAUAUAUAUAUAUAAAUAUAUGUUUAUCAAUUGAAGAUUUGUCAAGCUUAAUACAUCAAGGAAGGGGCUCCAAGAGGUCCAGUAGACUAAGUUGCUUCCACUAUAAUCAGGAGAUCGGCAGGUUCCAAUCCUGUUCAUGCAGCUUGCCAUCAACUGCCGGAGCCCCGAGAGAGCACAAUUGGCCUUGCUCUCUCUAAGAGGGUACAGUAGAUGGCGCUAUUUCCCUUCAUCACUCCUAGGGUGAUGUGGAUCUAGCACAAGGAUGCGUCUGUGAGCUGAUGUAUCAGAACCGAGUCGCUGCGCUUUCCUCCGAGCGUUAGCGCUGUGAUGCUAAUCGGCAAUUCUGCACCACCAGCUCCUAAUGCUCCCACCACCGUGUUUAACAGCUGGAAUUAGCUAAGAAAGCCCUUAGUUUUUAGACACAGUGUUAUACUAAUAUGUGUAACACAUAAAGCUAACCCAAUUUAAACAAAAACAAACAUAUUUAUUACAUAUAUUAUAAAAUUAAAUUAAAAAAUAAUAGAAAGCAAAACUACUACAACUACAUAAGCUGUCACAUAUAUGGAAGUCAUGAAAAGAAUUGUAGAAAAAUCCCUUUAAAAUACUCUAUUAUAAUACAAUAGAAAAAAGUCAAUGUAAAGCUGGUUUAUAAACUAAGCAAUAAAAUGAUUUUCUUUAAAAUAUAUAUCAGAAUUAAUAAAAAUAAACACUAACAUUUUUCACAAACACAAAAUCAUGUUUUUAUAGGUUCUCAUUAUGUUGAAUGUAUUCGUGAUAAAAUUCUGAUAAAAAUACAGAAGUAGGAACACAUUUAAAGAGCAGAGCAUGGAUUGGCCAGAAGAAUGCACAGUCCAGGUGAAAGUUCUGGAUUGUGAGAGUAAGUGUGAGAGACGUUUGUUCCAAAUAGAAAAUGAUAGUUUGCUAUCAUUUGUAUCUUUUUAAUAAAUGUUUUGACAGUUCAA